UAUAUGAUAGAAGAAGAUUUUGACUCGGAAGUAGCUAGCUAACGUUAGCUAGGUUUAUUUUGCAGACAUUUAAAUUGGCUGAUGUAGUUAGCUAGCUUUUAGAAUAACAUUUACAUUAACUCGUUUUUAAACGACACUCAAAAUGUCUAACUGUAUCGCCCUUCAGACACAACUAACCUCGAUCAUGGAGGUUUUAGCCAAAUCAGCGGUGGCAGAAAUUGCCAAACUUAUCGAUGACAACUGUGCUGUAUUACAUUUCGAAAUAUCUCGGAAGCAUAAUGAUAAUGAAAUUCUGCGGAGAAAACUGCUCCUGAUUGAAAAUGAACUGAAGAUUGCGCGGAUUCCACGACAAACUGAGAAAUACAUGGACAGCUGUGCUUCAGACUGGAGACCCAGUCAGCGAGGAGAUGAGGAUGCGUUUGGGUCAGCUUUGGGAGAAGUCAAGUUUGCAGAGAUAGAAACCCCUUUCAUUAAGGUAGAGAGACAGGAUGAUGGAUCAUGGAGCAGGGAGCAACAUAGAGAACCAAGUGGACAGGGUAACUGAAUUCAUUGGGCCAUUGGACAGGGCAACUGCAUUCAUUGGGCCAUUGGACAGGGCAACUGCAUUCAUUGGGCCAUUGGACACGGCAACUGCAUUCAUUGGGCCAUUGGACACGGCAACUGCAUUCAUUGGGCCAUUGGACACGGCAACUGCAUUCAUUGGGCCAUUGGACACGGCAACUGCAUUCAUUGGGCCAUUGGACACGGCAACUGCAUUCAAUGGGCCAUUGGACACGGCAACUGCAUUCAAUGGGCCAUUGGACACGGCAACUGCAUUCAAUGGGCCAUUGGACACGGCAACUGCAUUCAAUGGGCCAUUGGACACGGCAACUGCAUUCAAUGGGCCAUUGGACACGGCAACUGCAUUCAAUGGGCCAUUGGACACGGCAACUGCAUUCAGUGGGCCAUUGGACACGGCAACUGCAUUCAGUGGGCCAUUGGACACGGCAACUGCAUUCAGUGGGCCAUUGGACAGGGCAACUGCAUUCAUCAGGCAGGGAAACACCACAUAUGGCAAUAAUGCCAUUCAGAAGCUUCCCAUUGGGAAUCAUCAGGACUUGGAAGAAGAGGAGAAUCAGGACCCACUGAUCCUCCUGGAGGAGCAGCUGGCAGAAGGUCAAGAGAAGCUUAGUGAGCUGUGCCAGUCUCAGUCUGGGCACUGUGGCGAGGAGGAGACCAGUGUUCUAGAGUUUGUAAUAAAGACUGAGAAGGAGGAAGAACAUUCUGGAUUCAGUCAGGCUGGAUGUCAGAGGAGCACAGUAAAGCAGCAGAACCCCUUGAGCUCUGAGUUUGUAAUGGAUGAAAGAGACAGUCAACUGUGGUCGUCUAUAGUUCAAGGGAAUGAUGACAUAGUCAUAGAGACUGACUUUCCUGAUUUCUCUUAUGUAGCCGAGCAGUAUUCAGAGAGUUUUCCAGAUCGCUCCGAGGCUCAGCCACAGCCCCUCUCUAGCCCAGUGGAAGGCCCUAGUAAAUCAGCCAUCUCACCUCUACAGAGACCGUGCAAUGGAUCAAUGUACAACAAAGUCUUUCAGAAAGAGAAAGUAAGUGCAUCUCAGUCUGUGUCUAGUUCUUUUCAGUGCCGACCGCAGAUCAACCAUUCACAGCAGCAGACCAGGCAGAGAGAUCAGGUGUUCUCCCAGAGGAAUAAUCACAUCCCACCGUCCAGGCCUCAAGACACUGGACACACAGCAGAGCGAAGCUUUGGACUGGGUGACACUGACAGACCAACUGCCUCCCAUUUAGGGAUUCGAUUGAACAAUAACACUUUUACAUCAGGUGGCCUCAGAAGCUUUACUAUGCCUCAUUAUAAUACUAAAAAUCACUGGGGUACAGCCAUAACAGAGAAGGUUUUCAGUUGCUCGCAGUGCGGCAAGAGUUUUAGUCGCUUGUCCUAUCUGAAGAUACAUCAGCGAAGUCACACGGGAGAGAGGCCGUUUCGGUGCACCGUCUGCGGGAAGAGUUUUCACUGCUCCUCGCACCUGACUAUACACCACCGCAUUCACACGGGAGAGAGACCCUAUAGCUGUGCCACGUGUGGGAAGAGGUUUACCCAGCAGAGCAGUCUCAAGACACACCAGAGUGUCCACAGUGGAGAGAGACCGUAUGGUUGCUCUCAGUGUGGCAAGACUUUCACUCUUCUGCACCAUCUGAAGCGGCACAGGAUUAUUCAUGCUGGGUAUAGCUGAGUGGGUUAUUAUUAUAAUAAUAAUAAUAAUAAUUAUUAUUAUUAGUAUUAUUAUUAUUAUUAUUAUUAAACCUCUAUCCAGGAAGUCUGUAAAUAUGGUCCUCAAAGCUGAAUUUAAGAUGAAGUUAUUUGUUUUACUUUAGAAAUUAAAAUAGUUCAAGAAAAAUUAGAACGUUGAUGUUUUAUGCUAUUUUCAACACUACAGAAACAUUUCAUGAAAUAAAAUACACAGUGAAUAGUUUUGCAUCAGGCCUUUUAAUAAACUAUGAAAAUCGGUACUCUCCAUAA